CUCGGGCAAUAUAUCUCUCGGCGGCAGGAUGAGCGUGACGACGGACGAGCUCGCGCGGAAGCUGAGCGAGCUCCAUGAGGAGGUCGCGAGCGUCAAGGCGCAGAUCUUCGAGGCGAUCCGGACCUUCUACGCUGGCGCGCAGACGACGUCCUCGAGCAUGUCCCUCGACGAGGCCAUCGAGUUUGCCGGGAGCUGGUCGCGCAAGGUCGACCUCCGUAGCAACCUGGCAGACCUCCCGGCGAGUGAGAUCCAGCUGCGCAUGGCGCGUCUCGAGACGGUCUUGUCCGAGACAGUUGCGCAGUUGCAGCACGACGAUGACGCGUCGAGUCGCGGGACGUUGCACCAGUCUGUUCUCGCGCACGAGCGGCUGAGCGUCCAGAUCCAGCAGUCGCAGAGCACGCUCUCGCUACUGCAGCUUCUCUCCGACUUGGACACGGGUCUGCAGAGCUUCGACCUGGCGAUGGACGUGCCCGACCUCACACGCGCCGCGACCGACCUCGCGGCCAUUCAGACGUGUCUGACCAAGGUCGACUCGCAGCACCCCAAGGCGUCCAUGGAGUACCGUAUCGUGCAGAUCAUGCAGAUGCAGUACGAGGCGCGCCUGAACCAGCUGCAGUGCUACCUCGCCGACUCGCUCUCAGGCCUCUGGAAGAUUUCGCCGCGUUCGAUGAGCAUCACGCCGACGUCGAUGCCCGUGUACGCGACCUUGCAGCGCACGGGCCGCUUAGUGACACACCUCGAGCAGCUCGCGGCCGACCUGUACGAGCACAUUUUUGCGCCGCUCGUUGCGGACGCGUCGCUCGUCCCGACCGUGCGCCAAACGAUCGUCACGUUGACGCCCAAGACGGCAGCCUCGACGGGCAUUCCCCGCGUCCAGCACCUCUGUGCCCACGUUACGACGCUGCUCAAGUUUCUUGCGCCGUUUCUUCCGCCGCUCGACGAAGGCGAGAGCGUCCUCACGAAGCUCAUGGCCGUUCUGUGGUCGUCGGCGCUCGAAGCAGCGUUUGUAUCGCUGCUGCAGUCGACGCUGCCGUCGGACGCGGCCCAGUUGCGGGACUUUAAGCAGCAUUUGACGCCUGUGAUGCACAGCUUUGAAGCCUCGCUCGUGGCCCUCCGACUUGCCCUUCCGUCGUCGCUCGUCUCGUUUGGCCAGCACUUGGACGUGCAAUUUGCCGAGCACAAGCGCGCCACGCUGCUGCAGGAAGCCCGUCAACGCAUGCAGCACGACUACCUCAACUCGGUGCUCGUGCCGAGCUACCCGGCCGUUCUUGUCCCGACCAACCACAAGAAGAAGGUCCAAGUGUCACCCGUGGCGGCGGCGGACGACGACGACGACCGAUCGACGCCGAUGCGCGUCUCGGUCUGCGCGCAGUGGCUUCUCGCGCAGGUCGUCCAGCUCUUGGCCGAGACGAGCGAGUGCGAUCCAAACGUGGCGGCGCCGCUUUUGUUUCAAACCGCUCGGGAUCUCUUCAGUCUCUUCUCGGCGCUCAUGCCAACGCUGUACAAGGAAGAGCUGCGCUUCGACCCGCGCCUCGUCUUGCUGCUGCACAACGACGCCAUGUACUUUACUCGGCACAUGCUCACGCUUUGCGACAAGUCGCGAUUGCCGGCGCCGCUGCACGACAGCGCGACGAUGAUCGACUUGAUCCCAGACUUGCGCGAUCUCGGCGAGACCAAGCUCGUGGCCUUUGGGAAAGCUCAAGCGACGCAGCUGCAGGACGCGCUGCGCACUGCGUUCGUGCCGUAUGCGACGCUGGACGACGACAACGCGUUCAACCAGCUCGAGACCGCGAUCAAGUCGGUGGUCUUCAAGCUCGAACGCAUCGUGCACGCAUGGAAAGGUGGGUUGGCGCCUGACGAUGUCUACUGCCGCGUGGUGGCCAACCUUCUCGAGCCGCUCCUGCACACUGUGCUGGACGCGCUGGUGACGCCGCGCACCAUCGUCGUCUUGCCGCCCAAAGCCGUGCACCAACUGCACUACCUCUUUUCGCUUCUCCUCCACUGCGAUAGCUAUUUCCCAUCAACGGCGCUCGAGUUCAAGUACGUGCGGUCGGCCAAAGCCUUUCACACGAUCACGACGCUCCUGGAAGAAAAUAGCGUCUCUGGCAUCAUCGAGCAGUGGAACGCAGGUGCGCUUGCCGACUUGACGCGGCCCCACGUCGUUGCGCUCCUCCAGAGCUUGAGCGGCGACGCCAAAGACCGCGUCUCGACCCUUGCGCCGUGAUGAAAAUGGCAAAACAAGACUCGUCUUUGUCACAUACA